AGUGACCUUCUAAAUGUAAAAAAAAAAACAAACAUUUAUUGUGUAUUCCAUUUCGCAAAACCAUAAUUAGAGAAAAUUAAAACAUUCAUUUCCGCCAAAACUCUAACGAACUGUUUUCCAAAACUUAAGAGAAAAUGACAAGUUGGAUGGCUCCCUUGACCUUUGAAGAAUGGUGAGCGAGCGGUAGAUGUAACGCCUUUCAAAAUGUCACAUUCACACUCACCAGUCACAAACCAUGAAACUGCUCCUUUUGAUUUUUUUCUUAAACUGUCUUUACGUGAAUAUAAGACACGUACGCAUUUAAUCACCACAUUGUUAUUGGUCCACUCACAGGUCCACAAACUCCGUUUUCUUCGAUUCUUUAUUAUACGAAAGGGAACAAAAAAGGUAAAUACAAUAACUUGAAAUUAGAAGGCAUGCAUUAAUGGGAAAGAACGUAAAUGCAACGUACAUACAAGUUAAUCCCUCUUUGUAUUUAUAGGACAAUAGGUUCUCUUUAAUAUGGAGAAAAUAGCAGGCAAUAUGGGGUCAGGUCCAGAGCAAAGCAGAGAGGGGCUUCUCUCUCGGAAAAGAUACUCAGGUUUCGGAUUUAAUGACUCAAGACGACGCUUCUGCGGGAUCAGUAACUUGUGGCAUUCUGAUCGUCGGAAGCUCUUCUUUGCCGUCAAGAUGGGAAUAGCUCUUGCCAUUUGCUCCUUCCUUAUUUUCCUUAAAGAACCUCUGCACGCUGCCAGUAAAUUCUAUGUCUGGGCCAUCCUUACUGUUGUUGUGGUUUUCGAAUAUUCCGUAGGUAUUUUAUUCGAUCUUGGUUUUUACUAUUCGAUUUUGGGGGAGGAUGUUUGUUGUUCGGUUGGAUCUUUAGAGGUUUUGAGUGUUCAAUAUUUUUGAAACAAAAACCUUUAAAAAGUCAGAAAAAAUAUGUAAGAGUUAAAAAAAUGAAAGUUAAUUAAAAUAAAAAAAAAAUAACAUUAUUAGUAAUGUCUCUUAUAUCAUUAUUAAAAGUCUGCAAUAACUCAUCUUUCCAUGUGACGCUGUGGAGAAGAAUUUUUGUGUUUAAUAAAUUUUGCUUUAGGUUUUAGGUUUAGCUUUAAGAUCCACGUUUACAUAUAUAAGAAUAUAAAAAUACAAACUUUUCUAUUUUUUUUAAAUCAAAUAUUUUAAUGAUUACAUAUUCGGUUAGAAGAAUAUAUUUUAGUGAAAGAAUAAUGGAAAAUACGUGGUUUGGUAUUAGAAUUUUAGUAUAUUGGUAUUACUAAUAUUUUUAAUUUAAAUAAUUAUAAAAACACAUCGGUUUCUCGGUUGGAGAAAUCUUUAACCGAAUGGUUUGAAAUAGACUUCGGUUCGGUUUGAAUCGGUUUCGGUUCGGUCGGUUCGGUUCGGUUUUUUUUGCCACCCCUACUUUUCAUCCACUUAGAUUCUUGCAUGUUUAAUUCGUAGGUGCAACGUUGGUCAAAGGGUUCAACAGAGCUUUAGGCACAUUCUCUGCUGGGGGACUUGCUCUUGGCAUCGCUAGGCUCUCUGUUCUAUCAGGAGAUUUCGAGCAAUUUAUAAUCAUCAUAUGCAUUUUCCUUGCAGGUUGCGAAUUUCAUUGACUGAUACGUCAGGUUUUUCUUUAGGUAGAUAACAACACUUUCUAUAUGACCUUGAUCUAUCAGGUUUCAGUGCUAGUUAUUUGAAACUCCACCCAGCCAUGAAGGCAUAUGAAUAUGCGUUCAGGGUGUUCUUGUUAACAUACUGUAUCGUCCUUGUUUCUGGAAACAACACGGGAGAGUUCUUUAAUACCGCGUAUUACAGGUCUUUGUUUAUUGUUCUUGGUGCAACCAUCUGUUUGGUUGUGAAUAUAUUUAUAUUUCCAAUAUGGGCCGGGGAAGAUCUCCAUAAACUGGUGGCUACAAAUUUCAAAAGUGUAGCAAAUUCACUAGAAGGAUGUGUGAAUGGGUACUUGCAAUGUGUGGAAUACGAGAGAAUACCUUCAAAGAUUCUUACAUACCAAGCUUCAGAUGAUCGAUUAUACAGCGGGUACAGAUCAGCUGUUCAGUCUACAAGUGAAGAAGAUUCUCUGCUUGAGUUUGCCAGGUGGGAGCCUCCCCAUGGACCAUACAGAACGCUUAACCAUCCCUGGAUAAACUAUGUGAAACUUAGUGGUGCAGUAAGGCAUUGUGCUUUCACGGUCAUGGCAAUGCAUGGCUGCAUUCUUUCAGAGAUACAGGUACAGGUUCCUUAUCAUACCAUUUCAUGAAACCCAAAUAAGAGCUUUUAAAGCUUACAGGUUGAAUCAGUGUUUUAAAAAUAAUGCUUACGAGUUAAUGUAAAUUUCUUUAAUGAAAAACCCAACUAAUUAUUUUUAACUUUUUUUGGGGUCUUGUUACGAUUUUUCUCUAGAAGUCUAAACGAAUAAAAAAAGGGAUAAGUUGAAAAAUACUCUAUUAAUACACUACAAGAAAACAGCGGUAUUCUGACGGACAUUCCGAAGGAAAAUGAAAUCCUCGGAAUAUCCCGAGGAAUUUCCGAGGAAAUUCCGAGGAAGCAU